CACAUACUGUUUCUCAACACCCAAACAUUCGCUCUCUCACUCCUCACUUUCUAUCUCCAUGACUACCAUGAAAGAGCCACCUCUCUCCCGUCGCAGAAGGCCAACUUGCCACCAGCCCAAGAAGCUGAAGCUCGUCUGCUGCUUCAACGGCGCGUUCCAUCCCCGCCCGCCGUCCGGGAAGCUCCGCUACGUCGGCGGCGAGGCCAGAAUCGUAUCCGUGGACCGCAACAUCGUGUACUCCAAGCUCCGAUCAAAGAUUUUGGAUCUUUGCCCCAACAUUAACCCCUCAGUCACCCUCGUGUACCAGCUCCCGGGUUCCUGCUCCGACUCCGACUCCGCCGCCCCUCUCGUCAUCGUGGCGUCAGACGACGACGUUCGGUGCAUGAUCGAAGAGUACGACAAGCUGGAGCUGUACGGUAAGUCCCCGAGGCUCUGGGUCUUUGUUUGUUGUAGCAAUGGCAGUGAUGAUGUCAAUGGUUAUGUAAAUUGCGUGAAAGGAGUGAAAUUUAGUAAUGGGUUUGAGUCGGGGAGCGAACAUAUAGGGAUCCACCACCAUUUGGGUGGCGAAGCUCAGGUAGAGGAGAAGGCGGCGGUGAAGAACUUUGGGGGCGGACGGUCCGGCGAUGAAUCGCUGAGAAAAAUGGUGCUGAAACAGCAAUUGCUUGCAAAGCAAUCGGCUUUUCGGCGUCGUUUUGGUGAUGGUGAGAGUGAUGUGGAAAUGGGGUUUUUGGGUGAAUCCCAAAAGGGUGAAUCUUUUGAUAGCAGAUUAGGGACUAAUUGUGGUCAUAAUCUAGGGAGUUCUUCGGUGGCUCGGGCUAAUCCGUUGAAUCCCAGAGAUGGGAAUUUGAGGUUGAAAAGUAAGAGUUAUGGGCAGUGCUAUUCGGGGAGGUCGGGUCGGGUUUUGUGCAAUGGGGUUGGGAGGUCGAGUCAGGCGCCGCCUGCGAAACCAGUACCGGGUUGUAACGGUUGUUGUAGUGAUGCUAAGCAGGAUUAUAGAAACAAUGGAAUGGCUGGAUGUGAACAGAGAAAACAUUAUGCCUCGGGAGUGGGGCGUGAUUCUUUGGCUGGAACCACUGUGUAUCCUGUGAAGUCUUCUUAUAGUGGUGGUAGGGCGUGGGGCGGCUUAAGGAGCCGGAUUCGUAACCAUAGGUUUGGUGUGAAUGAAGCUAGAAAUAAGCGGUGUUAUCAGUACCAUGUUUGGAACCAUAAUCGGAGCAACAUAGCUGAGAUGGGGAGCCAUCGAACAAGGCAGGGAAUUUCAGCACGGAAAUGCUACCAAGGGCUUAGGCCAAAUUUGAACAUUGCGAAGCAGGAGCAGCCUGUAAGAGUAUAUAAUCCCAGUUUAUGGAGGCAAUGUUCUGGUUUCUCGGAGCAUGUAAUGGAAGAAAGACUGAGGAUGAUGGGUUCUCGCUCAAAGAAAGACAGCUACUUGAUAGAUAAUCCGAGCGAAUCCUAUUCAGGUAAUUGUGGUGCAUAUACUGGUAUGGGAAAUCAACCUCUCGUGAAUUCUGAUGCCAUUGAGAGUUCAUCUCCAUCUUUGAAGACAGUGGACAUUCUGGAAGAUCGCCUAACUGGUUCUAAGUUUGGGAAGUGUGAAUGUCCAUAUCAAACUUCAUAUGAAAAUCUUCAUGGAAUGCCCCGUCAUUGUGAGCUUGAGAAGGAGACGCGCCUGAUGGACUCUCAUGCAGUUGCGAACACCUCUGGCUUUCCAAGUGAAGUGGGAUGUAGUAAUGGAUUGGAAGGUGAUAAUAAGUUGCCUGAUGGGGAAGCAGUCAUCGACGCUUUACACAAUUGCAAAAACGGCAUUAAUGACAUACAACUUUCAUGUAGCGGAGUCCCAGCUUCAGUGAGUGUUUCUUUGCAUAACCUUUCACUGUCAUCAUCCAAAGAAGUGGAAGCUCCUCAACUCUCUUCUCAUGCCACCAGUGUUGUGUCUUCUGAUGUCAAACAUCAAUCAAAGCCUAUAGAUCUCAUGGAUGAAGGAAAAUUUACCCCAGAUCAUCAAGUCGAUGAAUCCAACGGAGUUGCACCUAAUCCUGCCUCCCAGAAUUCAGCUAAGAAAGAGAAGGAUAAUGUGCAUGAUGAGGAGGUCCAACAGGACCCUUCAUCUGGUAUCACCAUUGAUGAAAAGGCCAACAAUAAAGUAAUUGGUGGAACCUCCAGUGAUCUGGCUGCGUUUUGUGCUCAUCAAUCGACUCGAGAGCUUCAGAACAUCAAAAGUUCUGACCUUGAGUUCAUAAAAGAACUUGGUUCGGGAACAUAUGGAACCGUUUACUAUGGAAAAUGGAAGGGUUCUGAUGUUGCUAUAAAGAAGAUUAAGCCAAGUUGCUUUACUGAAGACACAGUGAAGCAAGAGAGAUUGCUUGCUGAUUUUUGGAAGGAAGCUCGCAUACUCAGCGAGCUUCACCACCCAAAUAUCGUGGCAUUCUAUGGUGUAGUGUCAGAUGGACCAGUGACGGAUUUGGCAACGGUGACAGAGUACAUGGUGAAUGGCUCCUUAAAACAAGUUUUGCAAAAGAAAGACCGGACUAUUGAUCGUCGAAAGAGGCUGAUUAUAGGAAUGGAUGCAGCUUUUGGUAUGGAAUAUCUUCAUGAGAAGAACAUUGUCCAUUUUGAUCUGAAAUCGCAUAACUUUCUUGUGAAUAUGAGGGACCCUCAGCGUCCAGUGUGCAAGAUUGGUGAUCUGGGCUUAUCAAAGAUCAAGCAGAGGACACUUGUUUCUGGUGGAGUACGAGGUACCAUACCGUGGAUGGCUCCUGAACUUUUGAGCAGCAACAACUUGGUGACAGAAAAGGUUGAUGUGUACUCAUUUGGAAUUGUGAUGUGGGAACUCUUGACCGGGGAGGAACCAUAUGGACACCUGCGCUCGGAGGAAAUAAUAGCUGGUAUAAUAAAAGGCAGUCUCCGACCUGAAAUCCCAAGCUGGUGCGAUCCAACAUGGAGAUCGUUAAUGGAAAGGUGCUGGUCAUCUGAUCCCAACUCUAGGCCAACCUUCUCAGAAAUUGCAAAGGAGCUACGCGCCAUGUCAGCUGCCAUGAACAUCAAGUGACAAAUAUUGAAGCUCGCCUACACGCUCAUGUAAAUAUUUCAGGAUCACCAGGAGGAGGAAGUGCACAUGCUGAGACAUGGUUAAGUUUUGCCGUCCGCUGUCAUGUGCAGUCUAAUGAAUCUUGCAGUAGGUUUAGUCACGUUGGGUGCCGUUUUUGCAGUUUUUGCACCGGUAUGUGAUAGGGCUAACAGAUAGCGUAUACAGACGGAGGCUGAAUAUUGUGAAGACUGAAUAUUGUGAAGAUUUCGGGGUCGGUAGCUGGAUGGUCCUGAAAAUUUUUCAUAUAGACCUCUGAUAUUUUUCUUUUCUCAUGAAUUAAUAUUCCACUUAAGAUUGUGAUUACUAUACUGAAGAUGGAGAAUGAUAGAAUUGAAUUAGGAAAAUGAUUUUCGCAC